AUGAUCUAUGCUGCUGGUGUUAGCGCGUGCGGGAAAGGUGGGAGGUGGCAGCUGGCGCUGGCGUUGAUCAGCGAGUCACGUGAGGUGGAGUUGGAUCCCGGCGUCAUGGGCUACACCGCUGGGAUCGGCGCCUGUGAGAAGAGCGGUCAGUGGCAGCAGGCCCUGUCCCUGCUGGGCGAGAUGCUGGGCGCGAGGCUGGAGGCCGACGUCUGGGCUGAAGCCACAACGCCGCGAUCAGCGCCUGCGAGAAGGGCAGGCAGUGGGAGCGGGCGCUGUCGCUGGUGGCCGAGCUGCCGCGGGAUGCUCGGUUGGAGCCAGACGUCGGUCAGUUUCAAUGCCGCCAUCAGCGCGUGCGAGAAAUGUGGGCAAUGGCAGCAGGCACUGUUGUUGUUCGUCGAUUUGCGCUUGGCGAAGCUGACGCCGGACGUCAUCACUUACAGUGCCGGGGCGAGCGCGUGCGAGAAAGGCGGGCAAUGGCGGCGUGCAUUGUCGUUUCUUAAAGAGUCGUGCGAAGGACAAUUGGAAGCGGACGUUUUCCUCUACAGCGCGGGUAUCAGCGCUUGUGGGAAAUGCGGGGAGUGGCAGCGAGCCCUGGCGUUGUUCAAUGAGUUAUUGUUUAUCAAGCUGGAGCCUGAUGCCAAUAGCUACACCGCUGGGAUCAGCGCGUGCGAGGACGGAUAUUCGUAG